UUUCUUUCCUCUUCCAACGUGUUAGUCACCAAUCAGAGCAUGAGCCUCCCAUCCGACCGUUGACUCAUCCCUUCUCUUCUCUUCCUUGCUCAGCUACUCACACGCCUCACUCCCAUGUUACUGCUUUUAAGCCUCUGCCUCUUCUUCUCCACUCCCUACUAUUGCCUUACCUAUUUGUCUUCAAUUCCUCAGAAACUUCAGCCUUUCACGGUUUCUGAAGCCGGAAUUUCUCUCCAUUGAUGAGAGGUUUACUUGUUCUUCUUAUGUACCAUUUUUUAUGAAAGAGGAAGACAUCGCCACAACCCUAAUGGAUAAACCGAAUUGAACUUCGAUUCGGUUCAAUUCAGUUCUUUUUAUUCAUUUCAUAGGUUCAAUUUAUGAAUCAAACCGAGUUUAAAUCAAAUUAAUUCGAAAAAAAUAAUCAACUGCAAAUUGUUUCUGCAUUCCAUGUGCUGGAGAAGAUGUAUACUAGUAUAAAGAUCCAAAAAGCAAAUUGCUGUACGUGCAUCAUUUUCAUACUAGUAUCCGAAACCAAAACAAAAAAUCAAAAGCCAAAUUCCUUCUCCACUUGGAAAGCCACCAAAGCAAAAUAAUUAAAGCGUGGAAUUCAAGUAGGAUAUAUUCCAUCGAUAUGACACGGAACUUGUAAGCCAUAUAUCCUCUACCCAUAUCAUUCAAUUCUAUAUUUCCUGUGCUAGCAUACCCUUGAACCUUUCCUCCUGUUUCUCUCUUUUGUCUCUCAGUAGAAGAGAAAUUAAUAUCCAUGAGUGAUCUUGAUUGUGACUGUGAUUUUGGUGAUUGUGAUUGCGAUUGCGAUUGUUGUUGCUGCUGCUGCUGUUGUGAUGAUUGUGAUUGCGAUUGUGAUAAAUCAUGCUCUUGGUGGUUCUUGAACAGGAUAAAAUUUGCUGUAUUAUAUGCAUUAACGUUGAUAAUGAUAAUGGUAGAAGGCAUAAUCCUCAUGAUGACACCUGCUACCAUUUGUGCUGUUGUUGCUGUUGCGAUGAUAAUUAUCAAAGAAGAAGAGUACCAACCCAAUCGAAGCAAGAAGAAUUUAAUCCCAAAAACCAAGAAGAGAAAAGGAGGAAAGAAUCUGAUUUUGAGCAUGCACCAAAUUGCCCAUGUCGUGGAUCCCCUAUACCAAAGAAUAGAUGUCCUUAUAAAUGCUGGUUAGCGUCACCAUCACUUGAUUUAGAUCCUCCAAUGAUUCAGCGGUUCCAAGCCCUGGAUAGAGAAAAAUAUGUGAGAGGGUAUGAGUCCUCUGGGAAGCGGAGGCAUUAUUGGUGAUUUGGUUGCCUGCAAAGUUAACUGUAUAUAAUUAAGCCAAAUGAGGGUUCAGCUGUACUUGUACUGUACAGGGUUUAUUUUAUGAAGUUUUCGUACCGUA